CCCCGGGAGGCGCCGGCGCUGGGCCGGGUGCGCGGCUCGAGGUCCCUUCCCUUCGGGCCCGGCCCUGCCAAAGCUCGACCUGCGAAGAACUCAGCGCCGCCCGGCGCUGUACAUUCCCUUGCGCGGGGUUCGUUCUAGAUGCUCUUGUGGAAGUUACCCGAGAAACGCAGCCCGGAUUCUGCACUGCGGAGAUGCGUUCGCCUCAAUUAUCAGAAGAAAGCGUACUUUUAUUUAUUCCCCCCAACUCAGUGUUCGAUCCUGUUAUUCUGGCGGAGUUUUUUGAAAGAAAGAUUCUUCGUUAGACCGGGAGUAAUUGUUUAUACCAAGCGCCACCAAAAUAAGCGCACAGUUUGCAAACGGGGCUGCAUGCGCCGGGCCCGGUUUCCAACCAACAAAUUCACAAACAAAACCGCGCUCCAUCGGAGCUGGGCCCAGUACCGGCGCUCGGCCGGUACCCUCAGCUUGCGAGCGGCAGCUGGAGGGACCCUUCGUCAAGUCAACGCGGGAGCAUCCAUGAUUUCACCCACACUCCAGCUAAUUAGCUCCGCAGGUGGAUAGGCUCCUUCCCCUUAGCGCUUACGGGAACGAACGAGGAGCCCUUAACCUCACCGGACACCUCAGCUGGCCUCCGCGCCUGGAGCGACCGCCCGCAGGCAGGGCGGAGCGGAGCACAGCGGAGCACCGCCUUCCCAAAGCAGCCUCUUCCUCCUUCUCUUCCGACAUGGCGGCACCGGCAGAGCUCAGCGGCCUCAGCGAUGAAGCAGCGUACGCCGCCUGCUCGGAGCCAGAUGCCAGCACGAAGGAUUUUUUAUUCCAGCAAACAAUGUUAAGAGUAAAGGAUCCUAAGAAGUCACUAGAUUUUUAUACAAGAAUUCUUGGAAUGACACUGCUUCAAAAAUUUGACUUUCCUCCUAUGAAGUUCUCGCUCUAUUUCCUGGGAUAUGAAGAUAAAAAUGAUAUCCCAAAAGACAAAACUGAGAGAACACCUUGGACCUUCUCUAGAAAAGCUACACUUGAACUGACACACAACUGGGGUACUGAAAAUGAUGAAAGUCAGUCUUACCACAAUGGCAAUUCAGAUCCCCGAGGAUUCGGACACAUUGGAAUUGCUGUCCCUGAUGUCAAUAAAGCUUGUAAGAGGUUUGAAGAACUAGGAGUGAAAUUUGUGAAGAAACCAGAUGAUGGUAAAAUGAAAGGACUUGCAUUUGUUCAGGAUCCUGAUGGCUACUGGAUUGAAAUUUUGAAUCCUAAUCACAUGGUGACUCUCACUUAGUUCUAAUGAAGUGUAUUAUAUGAGACGCUCACUUUCAGUCCCCUGGAGAAAAUCUGUAACAGUGUUUAUGAAAUUCUCACUUAAUGGAGAGGAAUCAGUUGCGUUCAGAAUCUCCUAAAACUAUCCCCUGGGACCUUGCUGUACUUGGAUUCUUUUCUUCCUGUCCUGUGAUGGCACUGCAAUUUGUUCCCAAUUAGGAAUACUCAAUCAUUUUUUGGAAAAGCUCUUACACAGAUUCUCCUGUUGAACACCGAUUAUGUUAAUAUUUCACUAAACCCUAUCAAGGGAUACAUGACCAGAAAUCACUGGCUCUCACACUGUUUAAACUAACAACAAAGCAAAUCCUGUGUUGCUAAUGAUGAGCUUCAACAAGGAAGAAAAAAAAAUCCACCUUCAGAACUUUUUUAUUUUUAAUCAAGUCAACAGAUCCUGAAGGCUUCAUGCACUAUCUUGUAGACUAGAAAAUAAAAUGUCAGACUAACUUUGACUUGAGUACUAGUAUGUUUAUGAAAGUUCUGAUCUUGUAUUAUGCCAGGCAGAACUCUUUAUGGAGCAGCCUUGCCUGGAACAAGAAACUUUGUGGAGGCAAUAAAUCAGUCCAGCAGAAAAAACUCAGUCUUUCAGCUUCUGGCUGAUGACAGACAGCCAAGACAAGAGGUCUCAUAGUUGCUAACUCACAGUGAUCCUUCUUGUCUCUUCCAAUGCUAGACAGAACUUGCUCAUAAUUUUUAUUUCAGUGAAAGUCUGGGGCUACAUUUAACUUAAAUGCUGUGUACGUUCUGCAUUAGGAAAUAAAGAGUGUCUGAAAAACAGUUUCCUACCAGUAGUACCCUCUCAAAAGGACUGAUGGUUACUGAAAUGGUAGCUGUAAACAGUAAGAAAACAUGUAACAUUUACAUGUGUUACACAAAUUAUUUGAAUUUAUGCUAUUCCACCUGUUAUAAACAAUGUAAACCAUGUCAGGUUUUGAAAUCCUGUUCCUUCCUCCAAGAAGAUAAAAACCUUUUGCCCUGUCUUACUGUGGCUUGAAUAGGUUAUGUGACUAAUUAGUCUAAUGGCAUUGCAAUUCACUUCCAAAUAAAGCAUUGGUGCAAACUACAAAAUCACCUUAAAGCAGUAUGACCUGUUGCUUUGCUAAUUGUUGGAAUCCUACAUAACUGAAAAGCUAUUUAGUUUGUUUUGUAGAUUCUUAUUUGAGAAGAAAUCUGGUGAUAAAAGAAUAAAUUGGGAGUAUCAUA